AGGUAACAAAUCCUCCAUUUGUUAACCACUUUUAGGUUCAGUCCUCGUACUUCCCCAAUUGAACACACGUCCAUGUUUGAGUACUAAGUGCACUUUCAAAACAAUUUUCAUGCAAAUAAAGCUGCUAUUUUGGCCCUUCAUCAUUGUAUCACUUCUGUACUACAUAAAGGUUUUCAAGUGCCAUAGUGUGCAAACAUGUCCAGUUGUGAUCUUUCCCAGAAUUCUUUUAAAUGCCAUUUUUUUGGCAUAAUGUCCUUGUACUAGCAAAUGGAACAAGAAGGUCACAUCGUCCCUAUAUGAUUAGAAAAACAUCUACUUGUCCUUUUAUUGUUGGAGACAAUUCGGUGAUACCAAGGAGAGAAGUUUAGCAGAGCAACAUCAUACCUACCAUGAUUCCAUUCCAUUCAUUAGAGGAAGCGCAUUCCCAUUGUCCAUUGUCAUCACCAUGGCUGUCCCUCAUAUCUUCCCCGACCUUCCCGACAGGAACCGCUCUGCCAUGCAGGAUCACCUGGCACUCCCCAAUAUCGCGCGUAUCCUCAUGGAGGAGGAGGAUGACAUUGACGAAGACAACCCUGCACUCCUCAAAGCCCAGCGACCCUUUGCCCAAAUCCUCUCUUCCAGCAUGCAUGCCUCCACCUUAAUGGCAGACCAAGGUGGCGCCUUGGCCAGCGACAUGCACUCUCCCAGCUCGGGCAUCUCGAAGUUCAAGGGUGUUGAUGAUGUCCGCAGCUUGCUGUUGCUCGCCAAUGGAGAGUUCAGCACUGACAUCUUUAGCACUGCUUUCCUCAAGGGCAUGGAAGAGGCGAAGAAGUUCUUGCCCACAAACAGUGAGCUGACGGCCACCGGUGAGCAGGACCAACCGAAGGAGAAAAGCAGCAGGGGCCGCAAGGACUGGAGCGACGAGGUGGAGGCUGAUUUCAGUAGGACGGACAGAUUGGUCGAAGCUGGUGCCUGCGAGGUGUUCGACUUCAAUCAAAUGUGCAGUUCCAUGGACAAUGAGACUGGGAACAGUAACAAGAAGGGGAGAAAGAGCAAGGCACGGGUGAUUGACCUGCACACGCUGCUGAUCCACUGUGCCAAGGCGGUGAUGGAUGACCGCCGGAGGGCAGGUGAGUUGCUCAAGGAGAUUCAGCAGCAUGCCUCACCCACUGGUGACGCCACACAGCGGCUUGCCUACUGGUUCGCUGAGGGGCUGGAGGCACGGCUCACUGGCACAGGCAGCCAAGUGUAUGGGACGCUUACGGCUAAGGGCACCUCUGCUGUGGCACACUCAGAGGCUUACCAAGAAUUCAUUUCAGCGUGCUGCUUCAGGAAUGUAUCCUUCUUGUUCGCCAACAGUGCCAUCUUCAAUGCGGCAGUGGGGAGGAGCAGGUUGCACAUUGUUGAUUAUGGCUUUCGUUAUGGAUUCCAGUGGUCAGAACUGCUGCGCAGGCUGGCAGCAAGGGAUGGUGGCCCGCCAGAGGUCAGGAUCACGCACAUUGACCUCCCACAGCCUGGAUUCCACCCAGAAAAACAUAUGGAGGAGAUCGGUUAUCGGCUGACUGGCAUUGCCCGGGAGCUUGGUGUGUCGUUCAAGUACCGUGCCAUCUUGGCGCAGUGGCAGACCGUUUCCAUCGAGGACCUGGACCUGGACCUGGAACCUGAUGAGGUGCUUGCUGUGAAUGACCUGUACAAUUUCAGGACCUUAAUGGAUGAGAGUGUCGUCAUAGGCAGCCCGAACCCCAGGGAUACUGUCCUCGGCAACAUCAGCAAGAUGAAACCGGACGUGUUUGUCCAAAGCACCGUGAAUGGUUCCUAUGGCACCUUCUUCUUGUCACGGUUCCGCGAGGCCCUCUUCUUUUACUCUGCACUGUUUGACAUGCUUGAUGCAACCAUGCCAAGGGAGAACAAACUGCGGCUGGCGCUGGAGCGCAACAUCUUUGGGUGGGUUGUCCUGAAUGCCAUUGCAUAUGAGGGAACGGACCGGGUGGAGCGUUGUGAGACCUAUAAGCAUUGGCAAGUCAGAAACCAACGUGCAGGCCUGAGGCAGCUGCCACUGGACAGAGAAACUGUUAAGAUGGCUAGGGACAUGGUAAAGAACAAAUACCACAAGGACUUUCUCAUCGACGAGGACCACCACUGGCUGCUGCAAGGGUGGAAGGGCCGCAUCCUCUUGGCUCACUCAACAUGGGAGGCAGACGUGUUCCCACCGACCUCCGCCCAUCAUCGCCACCACCUCCCCCUCCUCGAUGUCUCAUCCGCCCUCUCCACCCUCUCCUCCAACGCUGACUGCCCCAAGUACGCCGCCGGCUACGAGCUGCUCAUUCACAGCGGCGGCGGCGCCGUCACAUACUACUCCUUGCCCUUCCCCACCGGCGCGCUAUUCUUGGCUACUGUCAUCCUGUCCACCCAUGCCGCCUCCCAAAUUUAA